CUUGUUGGUAUCGUUGCUGUACGUAAUAGAAAACAUGGAUAAGUAUAGGUCGAUCAUAAGCCAUCAAAGAUCAAUGUACUUGGCACUGAGGCAGCCUUCAACAAUCGCCAAUCCAUGGAAGCCCGAGGCGCACAGGUUUUUAUUGAGAAUUCAACAGGAAAUUCCCCUUCACAACUAUUUGCUACAUAUUCAAGAGCUCCCACCCAUUUCGGAGUAAUGUGAUUUGUUGCAGCAGAGCCUGCUCAUUCUUUAUGAACUGUGCUGAGCCUUUUACUCUAUUCUCUACAAUGAUGAAGCCUCUCUUGUGUCUGAUAACCUUUGCUGCCUUGUCAGCUGGGCUUGCUGGGGCAGAAGAAAAGAAUGUUCCAUCAGAAAACCAUGGCAAUACUUGUCCCAUCAAAAUAAAGACUGGUGCUAAAUGUGAUGGAGAAGAGAACUGUCCCUACCAGAUAAUGUUGCCUCCAAUGACAAUACAGUUACCCAAGCAGUUGCAGCUUCUUGAAAAAACACUGAAGGAAGUCCAGAGCCUUAAGGAAACUGUAAGUAAUCUUAAGAAAUCAUGUCAGGACUGCAAACUGCAGGCAGAUGAGAUCCCGGAGAAAGGGACUACAGAGGUCACUGAUGGAGACGGGCAGGUGAAUCACAUACAAGAUCUGCAGUCUAAGAUGAAGAAAAUGUCCAUAAGUCUAAAGAAUGCACGGAUUCAGAUUACCAACUUGCAGGAUCAGAUAGAGAAGAUGAACAUGAACAAUGUGGAAGAUUACAUUGACAAGAAGAUAGCAAACCUGGCAUUCACACUCGGCAAUGGUGACAAGUGUUCUAACAACUGUUCCCUGAAGGGACCACUUUCAAGCAUACAGUUUAUCUUCAAAGACUGUUCUGAAUACUACAAGAUGGGCAAAAGACUAAAUGGUAUUUACCAAGUUAUGCCAGAUCCAAAGAAUAAGACAUUUGAAGUCUUCUGUGAUAUGGAAUCUAUGGGUGGAGGCUGGACAGUAGUGCAAAGGCGUGAAGAUGGCACCAUAAAUUUCAAUAGGACAUGGAAUGAAUACAAAAAUGGUUUUGGAAACCUCAGUGGUGAGUUUUGGUUGGGAAACGACAGGCUUCAUCUCUUAUCCAAAAGCAGUAACAUGAUGCUGAGAAUUGAACUUGAGGAUUUUAAGGGUGUUAAAGAAUUUGCCAAUUAUGACCAGUUCUAUGUGGCUAAUGAAUAUCUUAAGUAUAAACUGUCUCUCGGCGACUAUCAUGGAACGGCUGGUGAUGCACUACACUUCAGCAAACAGUACAACCAUGACCAAAAAUUCUUUACUACUCCAGACAAAGACAAUGACAGGUAUCCAUCUGGAAAUUGUGGCGCUUACUAUGGGUCUGGGUGGUGGUUUGAUGCAUGCAUGUCUGCAAAUCUUAAUGGUAAAUACUAUGAGAAAGAAUACAAGGGUGUGCGUAAUGGGAUUUUUUGGGGUACAUGGCCAGGUGUUUCUGAAGAGAACUUACACAGUUACAGGCAAACCUUCAAGGCUGUUAGGAUGAUGAUCAGACCAAAAGACUUUUCACCGUAACUGAGAACCCAUUCCCUGAGAUGCUGUAAAAUAUGUUUAAACAUCAUCAUAGUUCUAUGAAUUGUCAUCUACUAAUAAAGACCAUAGAGAGUAAUAAAGUAUUUAUGCAUUAAAUGCUCUGCUACCAAGGACCACUGGAAAAAAACUGCUAUGCUAUAACUAAAUAAGAUAAGUAAGGGUAUGUUCACACUGCCGAUUUUUUGUGUAUUAGAUGUAUUUUGUGUAUGUUUUGCUGUAGAAAAUCCACAAUAUAUUUGCACCUUGUGAACAUAGUCUUAUACAAAGUUUCCUUACAUUACUUUACUUUAUGCUACAUUGCUUCAUAUAAUACAUGCUUUUGCAGCUUAGCUGUGUAAUGGCAUCUACUGAACAUGAAAAGGUGUCGACAGGAAGCUGUGCCCUCACAAUCAAUGGCAGGUGAUGGCUUUAAAGGGGUACUCCACUGCUCAGCGUUUGGAACAAAACUUGUAUUGAGGGGGGCGGAGCGUGACAUCAUGAAGGGGUGGGGCUAUGACAUCACGAGCUCCCGGUGCCAGCUCUAAGCAUUCGGAACAUUUUGUUCCAAAUGCUGAGCAGCGGAGUACCCCUUUAACUAAUAGUAACAUAAACAACAUUUCACUGCAACUGCCAUAAAUUGCUAACGUAGUAACCAGACCAGGAGUUACACAUGAUGACUGAUUCAAGGCAUUUUAAAGAACUUACCAUUUUGAAAACUUUGCACAGUGAUAUUUCAGAAGUUUUGCUAAGUUUUUAUAAAUGUUUUUGCUUUAGCCCCAGGACUGGCUCUGAUCAAAACAUACUGUAUAUAUACAUUUUUCUUAUUAUUUUUUUUUUUUUUUUUAAUGGACAGGUACAUUUUAAAGUGUUAAAAAGUGUUCUGGUAUUAAUGUUAUUUUAACAUAGAUUACAGUUAAUAUUUUUUUCAUAUCACAGGAUAAAUAGGGGGAAAUGAACACAAUAAAUUAACACAAUGAUAAUUAUUUACUGGUAAGAUAUGUAUUUAAAAAAUGAUGCUAUUGGAAGAUACAAGUCAUUGUGAAAAUAAAAAGAUUAAAGUGUAUUUAUUAGUGUAACUUUAUGAGGUUUUUCUUUUUGCAGGACAAAAUUUAGGGACCAGUUUUAAAGGAGUACUCUGCUACUCAGCGUUCGGAACAUAAUGUGAUGUCAAUGGCCCCGCCCCCUCAUGAUGUAAUGCCCUGCCCCCCUCAAUGGAAGUCUAUAGGAGGGGGAGUGACGACUGGGGGCCGUGACAUCAGCUCUAAGCAUCUGGGGGCUGAGCAGCAGAGUACCCCUUUAAGGGAAAACAAAUUAAAAAAGCCAUCAUACAAAAGGAAUGAACAUAUGACACUUAGAAUGUUAUAAAAGCAAAAAAAACUAAGAAUUGGGAAUUGUCAGUGUCCUACCUAGAUGCAUUGUAUUGAAUUGACAAUUCUGAAUAAUAUGAAGCAUGGAAUCACCUGACGGUUGCCAAGAUAUCCUUCUUCACAAAUAGGUUUAAAACAUUUUUUUUUGUUGCUCAUCAUUUACUGUCUAAGGUGGGGAUUUGUGUAAAUCAAGUUAUGUCUUGUGUACUUCCUCCACAUUUAUCAGAGAGGUGCAUUUUCUCACAUAUAGAUCUACAUAGUGUAGAUCUAAUAAAGUUUUAAAGUGCGGGCCAGGCUGGUGUAACAUUGUUUAAAAAUGUGAGUGUUUCCACAAAAAAAGUCAGUAGAUACAUCAUCAAGCCAGCUUACCAAAGCUAACCACACCACACCAUAUUCAGGUUGCUUUCUUGAAACAGUCUAAAUAAAAAUAUGCAACAUUUUUACACAAAUCACCUAUUGUGCAAAAUUAUACGACUUUUUAAACACCAAUAAAGGGAAAAAACAAUGAUAAAUUAACAAAGUCUUUAAAACUGGAUCUGUCACCUAUCACUCAAAAAAAAUCACCCAAAUGGCCCUGUUCAAAAGUUUACAUACCCUUGAAUGUCUGGUCUUGUUGAAGGCAUGUAAGAAGACACGCAAAGGUUCAAAGGGUUAUUGAAGGUAAAUUUUCCACACCUGUGGUUUCUUAAUUGUCAAUUAGUAUCUGUGUAUAAAUAGUCAAUCAGUUUGUUAGCUGUUACAUGAUGUACAGAGCAGGGUAGAUAAUGUCCAAUGAAUGAGCAGAAAAAAUUUAAAAGGUAAUAAAACUUUAGAAAGAUGGUAAAGGAUAUAAAAAAAUAUUAAAAGUCUUGAAAUGCCAGUCAGUACUGUUUUAUUACCUAUUAAGAUGUGGAAAAAUGUUGGGAUCUCCUAAUACAGAGCCAAGGUCAGGUAGAACCAAGAAAGAUUUCAGCCACAACUGCCAGAAGAAUUGUUUGAUAAUAUGAGCUUCAUGGCCAAGUUGCCAGAAAGAAACCUUCACUGGAGUGACAAGACUAUAAUAGAGCUCUAUGAGCACAACCAUAAACACUAUGUACAGAGAGGGGUCAACAAGGCCUAUUUCAAGAAUACCCAUCCCCACUAUGAGGCAAGGUGAUUGCUCACUGAUGUUUUUUUUGGAGGGGCGCUUUAAAGGCACUGUGACCUUGUGAAAAUAAAUGGCAAGAUGAAUGCAGCAUAUUAUCAGAAAAUACUGGCAGACAAUUUGCUUUCUUCUGGGACGCUCUUGGACUUUCCAGCAUGAUAAUAAUCACAAUAAGUAUGUCACAUCAGGUUGGGAUAAGUGCAGCCCUGAGCUCACCCACAGCCUCAUUCCCUGCCUUCUUGAGUAUCCACCGUAAGCAAUGGAUCCUGAACUGGUCCCUGUGCAGGAGAUUAACAAGGCCCAAAACAAUAAACAAAAUACUGGAUAUACAUUAUGGAAGCAGGUCAGGAUAAAAAGGCUUAACAGGCAAAGCACAAGUUACAAAACAAAGGGAACAAACCAACAAAUGCAUAUUUAGACAGGCCAAAUCAAAACCAACAGAACGCGUAGUACAAAAACAGAUGAUGGAAGAAUAGUUAGGUCACAAAGCCAGGAGUUAAAAGCACACAGGAAGGAUCAAGUAAGGAGAAAUGGAGAUGCUAGUGCAGAAAGAUUGAACACAGGCAACUUGAGAAACAAACUGAAGGGCGUGGCCACUGAGACCUAUGUCAAAGUCCCCUGAUAGGCCCGGGCGUCAUCAUAGCAAUGCAUGAGGAUUCAGCCACACACAGGAAAACCAACCCUUAAAGGAGAUCUGCUGCCCUAGAUAAAUGUCUGAUCACGGGGUCUGAAUGCUGGGACACCCCCCCCCCCCCCGUAAUCUCCUGUACGGGGGCCCCGGCUCUGCCGCAACUCUCCCGUGCAGGUGGCGUGUCUGCCACAGCAUGACGCCGUGGCCCUCCAUGUUUUAGGAGUGGCCAACACAGUCUCCUGACCAUAACAUCAUCAAGCCACUCUGGGGAGAUCUCAAACAUGUGGUUCAUGCAAGACAAUCAAAGACUUUGCAUGACCUGAAGAAAUUUUGUCAUGACUAAUGGCCAGUAAUACCACCUGCAAGAAUUCAGAGCCUCAUAGGCAACUAUUACAAAACGAUGCACACUGUUAUUGAUGAUAGAGGGAGCAAUACACAGUAUUAAAUGGAACAUGUCACCAAGAUUUAGUGUAUAUAACCAUUAGCAACACAUAAUGCACCUUAAAGAGAAACUCGCAACAUGGUCACCCGAGCUAACUUGAGUACUCAGGUAGAUAGUGUGGGUGACCCUGUCUCUAAAGCUCCUUAUUGGGUGAAAAUAUUUAUUUACCCUAAUGUACAGUGAAGGCAGGCUGCUGCUGUAUGUGCAAUGCUUGCUCCCUCCCACUCCCUCAAUCACCCAGGACACAGUAACUACUUGCCAGAGGUGCCCAACCCAAUCACUACUCGCGGCCAAUAUAUAUAUAUAAGUAGGAAAUGUUAUAUUAAAGAGCCUUACGUGUGGUUUUUGGUUAUAUACACUAUAUCUUGAUAACAGGUCCUCAGUAACUAAGGCGAUGCAGACUUUUAACAGGACUCGUUUCACUGUUUUAUUUGUUGCCAUGUCUUGUUUUAUGAUUGUGCCAUUCUGUUAUAACCUACAGUUGAAUAUGAAUUAUAUAAGAAAUAAAAGAUAUGUGUUUUGCCUGCUCGCUUUAAAAAUGGUAGAUCUAUUACCAGUUCUCCACGGGUAUGCAAAUUUUUGAGCACAGCUGUAAAAGUGAGUUUGCAAUGAAGAACUGAAGUGUUAUGCGGGAUCAAAGGUAAUAUAUUCUAUGUAUAAGGACUUGUUUGUUUUUAGAUAUUUAAAUUUUAAAGCUAUAAUAUUUAAGAUAAUAUAUUUUACUUUACUGUAUGUAUUUUGUAAAUAAUGCCAAAGAAUAUUUUAGCAGCAUCCAAUAAAUGUGAA